CCGCGAUCGAGACGCUGGACCGGUCAAUUCGAGGACCCCCCACUAGAACCUUGAAGGAGCCCAGCACUCCCGUGUCCAUGUCGACGCUGCAGCAGACUUUCCGGUAGAAAGUACACAUGCAAUGGGGCACAGGGGUCUCCUCAACAGCGCAUUGCGUGUCAAUGGCCGCCAACUUUCCCAGCGCCACGCGCAACCAUCCACAUUCCUGAUCUCCCUCUCCAGGGACCUCUCACACUUCAAACCCCCUUCGAGGAGAAGCCACUCGUCUGCCGCGCCUGCACCACAACCACAACCACAACAGCAAGAACCUUCCACGACUGCCACAAUCAACACCUCCUCCUCCUCCUCUACUAUCUCAGUCCCAGCCGCAACUCGCGAUCAUGGCCUCGCCAACCCCCCACCAACAACUCGCCCGCCACCGCUGACCCUCCCGAGCCGCCCGACCGAAGCAGCAGGCCACCCAUUCCUCUCGCAAGCCAACUUCUCCUACCUGUUCGCGCAGGGCAUGGCCUACCUAUCCUUCUACAAGACGGGGAUGAAACACAUCUACACCAACACGCGCCUCCUUUACUCCAAAAGACUUCGAGAGGGAACAGGGGAGGAGGAGGAGGAGCAGUUGCGUCCGCCACGGGCCGGCACGCGCGCACACAUGCACCUGAAGCUGCGCUGGGCGCAUGACGUGCGCCGGCUGCCGCUCUUUGCGCUCAUCUUGAUCGUGUGCGGCGAGUUCACGCCGCUGGUGGUGCUGGCGCUGCCCAGGGCGGUGCCACUUCCGUGUCGGAUCCCGAGGCAGGUAGAGAAGCUUGAGAAGGAGGAUCAGAGAUGGCGGGAGGAGGGGAGGAAGGAGGUUGUUGCGAAUGCGAAUACCGCUGGUAAUGGUGGUGGUGAUGGUGGGGACAAGGGAGGAGGAGGAGGAGGAGAACAAGUGCCGCCGGUCACGGGUCUAGCGAAGAUACUCGGCUUGCCUGUCCGCUGGUGGACGCCGCAGUCUGUGUUGCAGUCCAAGGUGGAGAGGCGGUUGAGGUUCUUGGACGAGGAUGACGAACUGUUGGUUCGGGCUGGUGGGGCGGAGGUGCUGGUGCCGGAAGAGGUUAAGCUUGCGUGCGCGGAUAGGGGGAUUGUGGUGAUGGGACGGGGUGCGGAAGAGUUGAGAGGGGUGUUGGGGAGGUGGUUGCGGUUGACGGAUGCCAGGAGGAUAGGGGAGCAGGGGAGGAGAGACGUUGUCAUGAGGUUAUUGUUGAGGGAGGAGAGCGAGUGGGAGCAGUGAGGCCGCUGUGAAGGUGUACAUACAUUUGGGAAUGUGUACAAAGUCUGUGUACAACAUAUGUAUGCAUCAGCGAGGAUAUAUGUCCGGAUAUACA